AUGAAAAUCCUCUCUAAAAUUCUUAACAUUGCUGCUGCCAAAGGGAUUUUUGGGUAUCACCCUAAAUGCAAAAAUAUUGCUCUUACUCAUCUAUCAUUUGCAGAUAAUCUCUUAAUUUUUUGCAAAGGAAAUCUUGAAUCUAUUGCUGGAAUCAUCUUUGUCUUAAAUCAUUUCUAUGACUUGUCUGGUCUUAAGCUUAAUGUUAGCAAGACUGAACUGUAUGCUGUUGGAAUUUCCUCUAGAAAUCUUGAAAUUAUCAAAUGCACUUCUGGUUUCAAUCAAGGAUUUCUUUCUGUAAGACAAUUCAUCCUCUAUCAAACUGUUAUCAACCGAAUUGAUCAGCUCUGUUCUCGUUUACUUUGGAAAAGAACUGAUCAGGCAACAAUUGGAGCUAGGGUCAGCUGGGCAAAACUCUGCUGCCCUAAAUCUGAAAGAGGCCUAGGCUUGAAGAACAUUAAAUCAUGGAACACUACAUGUACGAUUCAGCUUAUUCGUAAUAUUCUUGCAAGAGAAGGAUCACUUUGGGUCGCUUGGUUAAAAUGCUAUAUAUUUAAGAACGAUAACUUCAGGGACAUGGCUAAAAGUACCUCUCACAGCUGGAGCAUCAAGAAAUUAUUGAAGCCCAGAACUACAGCUCUGCACGUUCUUAAUGCAGGAACUAAAACUGCUAAUGAUGUUUAG